AUGCAGUUCGACCGGGUCCUGUUCUUGAACGACGUCUACUUCUCGGCCAUUGAGGCUGCUCAGCUCCUGUUCUCGACCAAUGUAGACCAGGCCGGUCACGCUCAGUAUCGGGCAGCCUGUGCCGUCGACUUUAUCUCCAAGGCCAUGUUCUACGACACCUUCGUGGUCAGGGAUGCCGAGGGCUAUGGCACCGGCCUGAUGUACUUCCCCUGGUUCGCUCCCGUCGGACGGGCCAGGAGCAGGAACCAGGUCCUCCAGGGCGCCGACGCAGUCGAGGUGCGCAGCUGCUGGGGAGGAAUGGCGGCCUUCCAGGCAUCAGUAUUCCAGCACUUUUCAACGGCUGAUUCGACAAGCCACAUUGUCACUCGCUUCCGGCACGACUCAGAGCCCUUUUGGGAAUCUUCCGAGUGCUGCUUGAUCUUUGCAGAUUGGGAAGAUCGGUUUGGCCGGCCAGAUGUUGCAAAUCAGACUGGUGUUUUCUUGAACCCGUACGUUCGAGUGGCCUACUCACAGAAUACUUGGAAGUGGCUGGGGUUCUUCAGACGGUUUGAACGCGUCUUUGCAAACCUGCAGUAUCUUGUCAGCCGGCUGGCUUAUCCAGAGCAUAACCCUCGGCGAACUCACCUUCCAGGACAGAAGGUGAGGGAGAGAGUGUGGCAGAGUAACGCAGACGGUCAGCCGGGGGGUUCGCUUCAAACGAUCCAGCGGAUAGCAGGCCCUGGAGGCUUCUGUGGCCAGAGACGAAUGUUUGUCAUGGUAGACGACAUCGAGAAGGCAAACAGGAAUGGAGCAAAGAAUUGGAAGAAAAUACCUGUUCCCUGA